CUCCUCGCCGGGACGUUACUUCAGGACAGAAGAGAGCGAGCGUGGGCGAGGCGAGGCUCCCAGUGUCCCCGGCGACCCCAGCUCUCCAACCCUCCGUUCCUUUCGCGUUCCCGCCGGCGGCGGCCGCCGCGAGCAGGAGUUCCUUGUAGUUGCUGUUUAUAAUCAUUGUAGAGAAGGACACUGAACUUGGGAAAAAUGUUAGAAACUAUAGACAAAAAUCGGGCCCUGCAGGCGGCAGAGCGCUUGCAGGCCAAGCUGCGGGAGCGCGGGGAUGUAGCAAAUGAAGACAAACUGAACCUUCUCAAGUCAGUGUUGCAGAGCCCACUCUUCAGCCAGAUUCUGAACCUGCAGACUUCUGUACAGCAACUGAAAGACCAGGUAAACAUUGCAACUCCCACAAUUUCAAAUGUUGAAUGUGCCCACAUUCCACAUCUCAGCCCAGCUGUAAUUCCUACUCUGCAAAAUGAAUCAUUUUUAUUAUCCCCAAAUAAUGGGAAUCUGGAAGUUCUUACAGGAUUGGGUACUGCACACAUCAAUGGGAAACCUGCUUGUGAUGAAUUUGAUCAACUGAUCAAAAAUAUGGCCCAGGGUCGCCAAAUAGAAGUUUUUGAGCUCCUCAAACCUCCAUGUGGAGGCCUUGGGUUCAGUGUUGUGGGACUGAGGAGUGAAAACCGGGGAGAACUGGGGAUAUUUGUGCAGGAGAUCCAGGAGGGCAGUGUGGCCCACAGAGAUGGAAGAUUGAAGGAAACUGAUCAGAUCCUUGCUAUUAACGGACAGGCACUUGAUCAGACAAUUACACAUCAGCAGGCUAUCAGCAUCCUGCAGAAAGCUAAAGAUACUGUCAAGCUGGUUAUUGCCAGAGGCUCAUUGCCUCAGCUCAUCAGCCCCAUAGUUUCCCGUUCUCCAUCUGCGGCCAGCACAAUUUCAGCUCACUCUAAUCCGGUUCACUGGCAGCACGUGGAGACUAUUGAAUUGGUAAAUGAUGGCUCUGGUCUGGGAUUUGGCAUUGUAGGAGGAAAAGCAACUGGCGUGAUCGUGAAAACCAUCCUGCCUGGAGGAGUAGCUGAUCAGCAUGGGCGAUUAUGCAGUGGAGACCACAUUCUAAAGAUUGGUGACACAGAUCUAGCAGGAAUGAGCAGUGAGCAAGUAGCCCAGGUCCUCAGACAGUGUGGAAAUAGAGUCAAAUUGAUGAUUGCAAGAGGUGCCAUGGAAGAACCAGCGGUGCCCACCUCUUUGGGCAUCACGCUUUCCUCAUCCCCAUCUUCUACACCAGAGAUGCGGGUUGAUGCUUCUACUCAGAAAAGUGAAGAAAAUGAGACAUUUGAUGUAGAACUCACUAAAAAUGUCCAAGGAUUAGGAAUUACCAUUGCUGGUUACAUUGGAGAUAAAAAAUUAGAACCUUCAGGAAUCUUUGUAAAGAGCAUUACAAAGAGCAGUGCUGUUGAACAUGAUGGAAGAAUCCAAAUUGGAGACCAAAUUAUAGCAGUAGAUGGCACAAACCUUCAGGGUUUUACCAAUCAACAAGCAGUAGAGGUGUUGCGACACACAGGACAGACUGUUCACCUGACACUAAUGAGGAGAGGAGCAAAGCAGGACGCUGAGCUCGCGUCACGGGAGGACAUCACAAAAGAUGCAGUUUUGUCUCCUGUUAAUGCAAGUGUAAGCAAAGAAAAUUAUGAAGAAGAUGAAGAUUCUUUAUCUUUGAGGAGAAACACCAGCAUAUUACCAAUUGAAGAAGAAGGGUAUCCAUUACUGUCAGCUGAGAGAGAAGAUACAGAAGAUGCUCAACAACAGGAAGCUGCCCUGCUGACCAAGUGGCAAAGGAUUAUGGGCAUUAAUUAUGAAAUAGUGGUGGCCCAUGUGAGCAAGUUCAGUGAGAACAGUGGGUUGGGGAUAAGUCUGGAAGCAACAGUGGGCCAUCAUUUUAUCCGAUCUGUUCUACCGGAAGGUCCUGUCGGACACAGUGGGAAGCUUUUCAGUGGAGAUGAGCUAUUGGAAGUGAACGGCAUAACUCUACUUGGGGAGAAUCACCAGGAUGUGGUGACUGUUUUAAAAGAACUGCCUAUAGAGGUGACAAUGGUGUGCUGUCGUCGAACGGUGCCACCCACCACCCCGUCAGAGUUGGAGAGCCUGGACUUAUGCGACAUUGAACUAACAGAAAAGCCUCAUAUAGAUCUAGGUGAGUUUAUCGGGUCCUCGGAGACAGAGGAUCCUGUGCUGGUGAUGACCGAUGUGGGUCAGAAUGCAGAGGAGGUUCAAGGACCUUUGGCCAUGUGGGAAGCCAACGUUCAGAACAUAGAGCUGGAGAAAGGGAGCAGAGGACUUGGUUUUAGCAUUUUAGAUUAUCAGGAUCCAGUUGACCCAGCAAGCACUGUGAUUGUAAUUCGUUCUCUGGUGCCUGGUGGUGUCGCUGAAAAGGAUGGACGACUUCUCCCUGGAGAUCGACUCAUGUUUGUCAAUGACGUUAACUUGGAAAACAGCAGUCUCGAAGAAGCUGUCCAGGCACUGAAGGGUGCACCGUCAGGAACUGUGAGAAUAGGAGUUGCCAAGCCUUUACCCCUUUCACCAGAAGAGGGUUAUGUUUCUGCUAAGGAGGAUUCUUUUCUCUACCCACCACAUUCCUGCGAGGAGGAAGGGCUGGCUGACAAAGCCCUCUUCAGGGCUGACUUGGCUCUGGUGGACACAAAUGAUGCUGACUUAGCAGAUGAAUCUGCCUUUGAGUCUCAGUACUCUCCUGAUAACGACAGUAUCUACUCCACUCAAGCCUCUAUUUUAUCUCUUCACAGCAGUGCUUGUAGUGAUAAUCUGAAUUUUGGUCCCUCCCUUCCAUCUUCUCCUCCCAAGGAUGUUACUGAAAAUUCCUCAGAUCCAGUACUUGACUUGCAUAUGUCCUUGGAGGAGCUAUAUGCCCAGAAUCUCCUGCAAAGACGGGACGAGAGUCCGCCUUCAGUGGACUUGAGCAUGGGGACUGCUUCUGGCUUUACCAUAAAUGACUAUACACCUGCCAAUGCUAUUGAACAGCAAUACGGAUGUGACAACACAAGAGUGUGGACUGAACCUCACCGACCAAAUGAAGUUAUAUCAAGUGCAGAACUGAGUUCUCCUGUGCUGACUGAUUCAGCUGGAAAGGGCUCCAAGUUCUUAAUUCAACAGGGGUCCCUGGCCUCUGCUGCUGAGUGUGUCAUGCUCCAAACUAUAUCCAAAGAAUCUUUCGAGAGGACUAUUACGAUAGCAAAAGGCAAUUCUAGCCUGGGAAUGACAGUAAGUGCUAAUAAAGAUGGCUUGGGGAUGAUUGUUCGAAGCAUUAUUCACGGAGGUGCCAUUAGUCGAGAUGGUCGGAUUGCUGUUGGGGACUGCAUCUUGUCUAUUAAUGAAGAGUCUACUAUCAGUUUAACCAAUACCCAAGCACGAGCCAUGUUGAGAAGGCAUUCUCUCAUUGGGCCAGACAUAAAAAUUACUUAUGUGCCUGCAGAUCAUUUAGAAGAGUUCAAAAUAAGUUUGGGACAACAAUCUGGAGGAAUAAUGGCACUGGAUAUUUUUUCUUCCUACACUGGCAGAGACAUUCCAGAGCUACCAGAGCGAGAAGAAGGAGAGGGGGAAGAAAGUGAACUUCAAAAUGCAACAUACAGCAGUUGGAAUCAAUCCAGGCGGGUUGAACUUUGGCGAGAACCAAGCAAAUCCUUGGGCAUCAGCAUUGUUGGUGGACGAGGGAUGGGGAGUCGUCUAAGCAACGGUGAAGUGAUGAGGGGCAUUUUCAUCAAACAUGUUCUUGAAGAUAGUCCAGCUGGCAAAAAUGGAACCUUGAAACCUGGAGAUAGAAUAGUAGAGGUGGAUGGCAUGGACCUCAGAGAUGCAAGCCAUGAACAAGCUGUGGAAGCCAUUCGGAAAGCAGGCAACCCUGUAGUCUUUAUGGUACAGAGCAUUAUAAACAGACCAAGGAAAUCCCCUUUGCCUUCCUUGCCGCACAACCUUUACCCUAAGUACAAGUUCAGCAGCACUAACCCAUUUGCUGAUUCUCUACAGUUCAACGCUGACAAGGCAUUACAGAAUUCAAGUAGAGUUCUCUUCCGUUGUUCCCCAACUAACCCUUUUGCUCCCACACCAUUUAAGGCUCCCAGUCAGUCAGAAUCCGAGCCAGAAAAGGCUCCGCUGUGCAGUGUGCCUCCGCCCCCUCCUCCAGCAUUUGCAGAAAUGAGCGAGGAUCAUGCACAGUCAUCGGCAAGUGAAAUCUCAGCAGAUGUGGACAAAGAGGAUGAGUUUGGUUACAGCUGGAAAAAUAUCAGAGAGCGUUAUGGAACCCUAACAGGCGAGCUACAUAUGAUUGAACUGGAGAAGGGUCGUAGUGGUUUGGGUCUGAGUCUUGCUGGGAACAAAGACCGGUCCAGGAUGAGUGUUUUUAUAGUGGGGAUUGAUCCAAAUGGAGCAGCUGGGAAAGAUGGUCGAUUGCAGAUUGCAGAUGAGCUUCUAGAGAUCAAUGGUCAAAUUUUAUAUGGAAGAAGUCAUCAGAAUGCUUCAUCAAUCAUCAAAUGUGCCCCUUCUAAAGUAAAAAUAAUUUUUAUCAGAAGUAAAGAUGCAGUGAGUCAGAUGGCCGUAUGUCCUGGGCAUACAGUGGAACCUUUGCCUGCUACCUCAGAGAAUCUUCAAAAUAAGGAGGCUGAACCGAGUGUUACUACUUCCGAUGCAGCUGUGGACCUCAGUUCAUUUCCAAACGUGCAACAUCUGGAGCUUCCCAAGGAUCAGGGGGGUUUGGGCAUUGCUAUCAGUGAAGAAGAUACACUCAGCGGGGUCAUCAUAAAGAGUCUAACAGAGCACGGGGCAGCAGCCAGGGAUGGACGGCUCAAAGUUGGAGAUCAGAUUUUGGCUGUAGAUGAUGAAGUUGUUGUUGGCUAUCCUGUUGAAAAGUUUAUUAGCCUUUUGAAGACAGCGAGGACAACAGUGAAACUGACCAUUCGUGCUGAGAAUCCAGAUUCCCAGGCUGUUGCUUCAGCAGCUGGUACAGCCAUUGGAGAAAAAAAGAGCAGCCCCCAGUCUCUGAUGGUCCCGCCGUCUGGCUCCCCGGAACCAGAGCCCAUCCGAAGUACAAGCAGGUCAUCAACACCAGCAAUCUUUGCUUCUGAUCCUGCAACCUGCCCCAUCAUCCCAGGCUGUGAAACAACAAUUGAGAUUUCCAAAGGGCGGACAGGGCUGGGCCUGAGCAUCGUUGGGGGGUCUGACACACUGCUGGGUGCCAUUAUUAUCCAUGAAGUUUACGAAGAAGGAGCAGCAUGUAAAGAUGGAAGACUCUGGGCUGGAGAUCAGAUUUUAGAGGUGAAUGGAAUUGACUUGAGAAAGGCCACACAUGAUGAAGCAAUAAAUGUGCUGAGACAAACACCACAAAGGGUGCGCCUGACGCUCUACAGAGAUGAGGCCCCGUACAAAGAGGAGGAUGUGUACGACACCCUCACCAUCGAGCUGCAGAAGAAGCCGGGCAAAGGCUUGGGGUUGAGUAUUGUUGGUAAAAGAAAUGAUACUGGAGUAUUUGUGUCCGACAUUGUGAAAGGAGGAAUCGCAGAUGCUGACGGAAGACUGAUGCAGGGAGACCAGAUACUAAUGGUGAAUGGAGAAGACGUCCGUCACGCCACCCAGGAAGCCGUGGCAGCUCUGCUGAAGUGUUCCCUAGGCACAGUAACCUUGGAAGUCGGAAGAGUCAAAGCUGGCCCAUUCCAUUCGGAGAGGAGACCUUCUCAAAGCAGCCAGAUAAGUGAAGGGAGCCUGUCAUCGUUCACUUUUCCACUUGCGGGGUCCAGUACAUCUGAGUCACUGGAAAGCGGCUCAAAGAAGAAUGCAUUGGCAUCUGAAAUACAGGGAUUAAGAGCAGUUGAAAUUAAAAAGGGACCCACUGACUCAUUGGGGAUCAGCAUUGCUGGAGGAGUGGGCAGCCCACUUGGUGAUGUUCCUAUAUUUAUUGCAAUGAUGCACCCGAAUGGAGUUGCAGCUCAGACCCAGAAACUCAGAGUUGGGGAUAGGAUUGUCACUAUCUGUGGCACAUCCACUGAGGGGAUGACUCACACCCAGGCAGUUAACUUUCUGAAAAAUGCCUCUGGCUCCAUUGAAAUGCAGGUGGUUGCUGGAGGAGAUGUGAGUGUGGUCACAGGUCAUCAGCAGGAGCCUGCCAGUUCUAGUCUUUCUUUCACUGGGCUGACGUCAAGCAGUAUAUUUCACGAUGAUUUAGGACCUCCUCAGUGUAAGUCUAUUGCACUAGACCGAGGACCAGAUGGCUUGGGCUUCAGUAUAGUAGGAGGAUAUGGCAGCCCUCACGGAGAUUUACCCAUUUAUGUUAAAACAGUGUUCGCGAAGGGAGCAGCCUCUGAAGAUGGGCGUCUAAAGAGGGGUGAUCAGAUCAUUGCUGUCAACGGGCAGAGUCUAGAAGGGGUAACACAUGAAGAAGCCGUUUCCAUCCUUAAGCGGACAAAAGGCACCGUCACUUUGAUGGUUCUCUCCUGAAUUAGCUGCCAGAAUUGAGCCAACUCAACUUCUCACUUAACAUCCCAUGCUACAAAGAGAGUGGAACUGGUCCUGUGCACUCCUCCUGGGCUGUGUUCAUCCGGCUCUUCAAAACUGUAGGAAAAAAAUCGCAUGUAAAUUUGUUUUUCUCAUAUGGAAAUGAUUUUCUUACAACCUAGCAUCACUUUCCCUUUCUCUUUGCAUUCUGUGAUGGAAACUCAAAGAGAAGGGCUCUUUGCGUAGAUAAAUCCAGUCUUUCUUCCUGAAGAUAUAUGACAUUUUAUAAUCAUGUGGGCAGAAAUUAAUAUGGGCUCAACUGGUUAGUAGAGAAAGGAAAAAAAAUCAUUCGAAAGCUAACCAAGGGGAAAUGGUCUCAUGAAAUUAAGGUGAAAAUUGAAAAUAUAAAGUAAAGAAGAAAAUCUCAAGUUUUAUAAAAAUGCAUUCUGUUAAUCCACCUUCUCUCCUCACUUCUAACUAAAAAAGAAAAGAAAAAAGUUGUACUGAAAAUGUUUAAAAAUACUUUCAGUAUUUAAAAAUGUUGACUAUUAUUAAAACAUUGCAACUCCCAGCUCUAAUACGCACAUAUAUAGUUUUCUCCUAAAACGGGCUUCAAGAUUGGGUAAAUAACAACAGGAAGCAAUGUUCCUAAGUUUGUAAAGAAACCACUUAUUGCACAUCUUGCUGUUCGUUUUCAUUUUUGACCUAUUAUACAAUAUUUUCACAUUUCUAUAAGUGAAAUGAUGACGCUGCCCUGUAUUGACUGCAGUUUCUCUAGAAAGCAGCCUUGCUAACCACGCAGGAGCAUAGGAGGCUCUCUGAAUUGUUAGUGAUGGUUUUAAGGGAUGCAACACUGAAACUGUGUCAGUGUGCUGUGCAGUUGGUUUUCAAUUAGUAUUAAUCUUAAUGACAGAGAAAAAGCAAUGUGUUAGUAAUUAUUUUGGUUGUAUGCCAUUAGUAAAUUGAUAGAAAAAUUAAGGGGAUUAACAUAAGUUCAUUUCAUUGCCUUAUAUUAACAUCUUAUAAUACAAUAGUUUAAGACUAAGGGAAACAGAUGGAGCUGUUUAUUGAGACAACUGGUGAGGAAUUAUCAUGUGUUCAUUCCCAUUUUAGAGCGUGAAACUCCUACAGUAGAAUAUAUAAAGUCACUUUAAAUAUUAUCUAUAUUUGUAACAAAAGUAGUGUACAGAUAUUUUAUUACAGCGCUUUUGUGUAAAUGCGGAAUUGAAGUGAAUAAAUAAGAAGUUUCAUGGUGCACAAAAAAAAGCAGGCAUUUUUAUUUUGUUCUUUUUACUGGGGAAAAGCUUUAUUAUACUGUUCAAGAUUUACAAUUUAAAAUUGGCUUUUAUCAUGUCUAACUGAACAUAUGGUGUCCAUAGUUUUACAGUUAGAGAAACUCUGGACAACAACAUUAUGAAAAGCUCAAAGCUUUUUAUGCCCAGAAUUUUUACUAAUGCUAAAAAUGCACAGACUCCUCAUGGAGCAGAGGAAGAUAAACAGCAUUAAAAAAAGAGAGGUGUUGUGCCUGUAUGUGCUUUUCUGAAACGCUACGAGUGAUGCAAUAUUAUAAGUUGUUCUUUACAGUAGUCAAGAGUUAAAGCAUGUUCAGAUAGAAGAAGUCAUAAUGAAAAUUAUUUGUAAUAAUGAACAUGAAAAAUCUGAUUUGAACACUGAGCAAGGAAUUGAGGAACCUUUGUUCUGCUAGUUCUUCCCCUAAUUAGCUAAUGAACAUAUGCAUUCCCUCUGAUUUAUCUCAUCUGUAAAAUGAUAGGUGAUUUUAUCUCAAAGCUUAUAUCAAGUUCUAAAAUGUAAAAAUUCUGUGAUUCUUAGAUAUACGAAACGAAUGACACAACUACACGUUGCAUCAAUUCGGAAGCUAUUCUCCCCAACCAGCUAUUGUAAACUGAGGUACUUGAGGUAACAAAACUCAUUUUACUAUCCCAGUGACACAUCUAACCUCUUACUCACCAAUUAAUGGCCCUCUGUCAUGAAGGCAUGUCAAGAUCCUCUCAUGGUUGGCUGCUGGAAGCUGAGCCACCCACUUUUAUGUUUUAACCAGCAAAGAUUUUAUGGAGGCCACUCUGUGGCACACCCUAGGAAGGCCAGUUAACCAGCCAUAUUGAAGUUUGAGUAAAUGUGUGAAGGCACUCCUGUGAGAGCACCCAGCUGGGUAUCUGUACUAGCCUGUAGAGCAUUGCCCCCAAGUUCAUGUCUACUAAGAACCUCAGAAUGUGACCUUAUUUGGAAAUAGGGUCUUUGUGGAUGUAAUCAGUUUGGUUAAAAUGAGGUCAUGCUGGAUUACAGUGGACCCUAAAUCCUUAAGAGAAGGCUAUGUAGAGACACAGAGACAGAAGAAGAAGGCUGUGUAAAGAUGGGGACCAAACAAACAAAAAACAAAACAGAGUACCUGGAACCACCGGAAGCUGAAGAGAUGAGGAAGGUUUUUUCUCUGGAGUCUUCAGAGAUAACUUGUCCUUGCUGACCCCUUGAUUUCAGAUAUCUGGCCUCCAAGACUGUGAGAAUAAAUUUCUGUUGUUGUAAACCACCUUGUUUGUGGAACUUUGCUACGGAAGCCCUAGGACACACCAGUAUAGUAUCUUGGAUGUUUUUAUAUCCUUAGCUACUAUCACUGUGCCUGGCAAAUAGGAGAGGCUCUAUACAUUUUUGUUCAGCAUGUAAAUGAUUGCAUUAUAUAUAGGUUGUGAUUAAUUUCAUGGUCUUACCUUGUUUUAGUUAAGCUAGCUGCAGCCUUCAUACUGAAUGCAAAACAGGAAGCAGUGGGAAUGCCACUUAAGAAUGUAAAACGCUGGGGAUAAGCUCCCCUCCUGAACUGCUACUAAUUAACGAAGUCAAAGCAUGUAGAAGUGAAGAAAGAGAGGGAAGGAAUGAAGGAAGGAAGGAAAAGAAGAUUGAGAGGGAAAGAAUAUCGAUGCAUCAACAUUAGAGAGAGUGACAAAGGCUUAUGCUUCCUAUGUUAUUCUUUCUUGGAAAUGUAAGAUCUCUCCGUGGAGAAGGAAGAAAGUGAUCAAAGAGUUUGAAGACUUGAACGUUAUAGUGUUAAUUCCAUGUGCAACUCAAGACCAUGUACAACUCAAGAUUGUGGCUUGCCCAUAAUAGGUUCAGAAUAUUUGUUUUUGUGAUUAAAUUACAUUGGUGAAUAUUGCA